CGCGAGGAGGAGGAGGAGGAGGAUGUGGCGCGCGGAGGGGAAAUGGCUGCCGAAAACAAGCCGGAAGGACUGAAGAAAAUACGUAAUCCAGAUCGAAUGUACAGAACCGCCGUCGGUUACACCGGCCACGUUCCUCCUAAGAGUGUCAGCGAUGACACAGACAACAACAAUGAACAUGGACAUUUGAAAAUCUACCUGCCCAAGAAGCUUCUGGAAUGCCUUCCCAAAUGCUCCUCCCUGCCCAAGGAGAGACAUCGCUGGAACACCAACGAGGAGAUUGCGGCCUACCUGAUUACGUUUGAAAAACAUGAGGAGUGGCUGACGACAUCCCCCAAAACCAGGCCGCAGAAUGGGUCUAUGAUCCUCUACAACAGGAAGAAGGUGAAGUACAGAAAGGAUGGCUACUGCUGGAAGAAGAGGAAAGAUGGAAAAACCACGCGGGAGGAUCACAUGAAGCUCAAAGUGCAGGGAGUCGAGUGUUUGUAUGGCUGCUAUGUCCACUCCUCCAUCAUUCCCACCUUCCACCGCCGCUGUUACUGGCUGCUACAGAACCCUGACAUUGUGCUGGUCCACUACCUGAACGUGCCCGCCAUAGAGGAUUGUGGGAAACCGUGCGGGCCCAUCCUGUGCUCCAUCAACACGGAUAAGAAAGAGUGGGCCAAAUGGACCAAGGAAGAACUCAUCGGGCAGCUCAAACCCAUGUUUCAUGGCAUCAAGUGGACUUGCAGCAACGGGAAUAGCAGCACUGGCUUCUCAGCAGAGCAGCUCGUGCAGCAAAUUCUGGACAGCCACCAGACCAAACCACCUCCCCGGACUCACAACUGCCUCUGCACGGGAAACCUGGGUGCUGGGAGCAGCCUGCAUCACAAAUGCAACAGUGCCAAACACCGUAUCAUCUCCCCAAAAGUGGACCCACGCACUGGAGGCGCCUACAGCAGCACCCACUCCGAGGUUCAGAACAACGACGUGUCAGAGGGAAAGACGGAGCACAGCCACGGCGGGGGCAAAAACGGCAGGGCAGGAGCAGACGGCGCCGGUGGAACGGGCGGCCGAGAGAAAAGGAACGGCAAGGUGCACAAGCCAGCACUGCUCCAUCAGAACAGUAUGGAGGUGUCCUCAUCCAACCAGGUGGAAGUGCCAGAUACCACCCAGAGCUCACCCGUCUCCAUUAGCAGCGGGCUAAACUCCGACCCCGAUAUGGCCGACAGUCCUGUGGUGACAGGAAUGGGCCAUGUAGCCUCGGUAAUCAGCAGCCUGUCUCAGUCCGCCACUGUAUUCAUGUCAGACGUCUCUGGAGACCCUGUCUAUAGCAUGUCCCCCACUGUAGACCCCAACGCUCACCUCCUGGGGCCCGACACAGCCUCAAGCAGUCUGGUGUUAGCAGUGACAGCUGACAGUCACAAAUUUGCCUUUGCUGGAGUGGUUGGAGUGGGGUUAGCAGACGCAGGGUCCACAGACGGACUUGCUAUGCUGUCCACAGCCAGUGUGUCUGAAGAACUGGUGCUGUCUAGUAACCUGGAAUCUGGGAGUAUUAAGCUGCCCGAGACUAAUAUGAACUUUGACCCUGACUGCUUCCUCAACAACCCCAAGCAAGGUCAGACCUACGGAGGGAAUGGGCUGAAAACCGAGGACAGCAAUGGGAGCAGCUGCAGUAACGGAGGGUUGAGGUGUUCCCCGCCGCUCAACGACAACGGUUACGUCUUCAAUACCUCUCUGGUGAAGAACAUCAAAACGGAGGACAUGUCAUUUGAACAGCAGCUGGCGAAAGAGAGUGCCUAUCAGGUUGGAGAAGUGGUGAGAGGUGCUGUCAGUAUGUCUGGUUCCUCAAACGGCGGUUCGGCCCCAAACUCCCUGGCUCUGACUCCCACUGGUUCACUGUUGCCGUCUGGAGGUGGACUCAGUCCCAGCACUACCCUUGAGCAGAUGGAUUUCUGUGCAAUUGAUGCCAAGCAAGACUACCCAUCCAGUGUUAUGUCAGAGGCGGGCUACGGCCAGUCAAUCUCCAGCUCUCACCUGGUCCACCAGAGUCACUCCCCCAGCUUCUUCCUGCAAGGUUCACCACAGUCCCAAACCCAGAACAACUCCAGUUCGACCCAGAACUCUCACGACUCCAAUAACUCUCACGACUCCAAUGUCUACAUGGGCCUGUCUGUCGUCAAGACAGACUCAACGGGAACUAAUGGGCAUCUCCACCACCAUCAUCAUGCCCACCCCAGCCAGCGCACUGCCUCUAACUGCAACGGUGGCUCUCCAACCGAACGUAAUGGACCAGCUGGGUCGCUCCAGCUUCUGCAGUACCAGAACCGCUUUCCAACACCGUGUCAGGAGCAUGAGGAAGUGGGUGGUUUGGAACAGCCAAUAGGAGCAGAACAAGGAGAAGGAGGUGUUCAAGAGAAGGACUCGGAUGGUCUUAUAAAACCAGGGGAGCACUUGCAGACUGGUGAAGGAGGAGAAGCCGAGGGUGUAGGAGGCGCAGAGCACUACCUCCAGCAACCAACGGAAGGUGGUGGAGUCGGGCCGGGAUCUGGAGGAACGAGUGCGAGGGCAGAAAGUGGAAACCUGUGCAAUGACACCGAGGCAAGUGGAACCACCAAUCAACAGCUCCAGCCGCUCCUGCAAGGAGCCGGUUUGGUGCAGGGGCUUUUUAGCACCGUGGGCGCCCACCAGAGACUGGGCAGUAGUGGAACCAACGGAGGGGGCUCCAUGGAGAUUAAUCUGGACCACUUUGACGUUUCCUUCGGGAAUCAGUUCUCAGAUCUCAUCAAUGACUUCAUUUCGGUUGAAGGUGGAAGCGGAACGGCGGUAGUGGCGGGCGCCAACGCUCUCUACAGCCAUCAGCUGAUGACCCAUUCGGGAACAGAGGGGCAGGUCUCCUCUGGAACUGCAGCACAACAAGGUGCAGACGAAGUAGCUCAUGGGGCAAGGGGGUACAAUUCUGCAGACCUCUGUCUCCAGUCCUGUUGCAGCCCUCAGUCUACGCAGGCUGGGGCAGUGGCGGGUGAGACAGGACAGCUGGCAUAUAUGCAGGUGGCCGAGGCCGUGUCGGCAGCUGUGGCCCAUGGAAACAUGGGAAUGUUACAGGCUACCGGAAGGCUGUUUGUGGUGACAGACUAUUCUCCAGAGUGGUCUUAUCCUGAGGGUGGUGUGAAGGUGUUGAUCACCGGUCCAUGGCAGGAGGCCAGCAGUGAAUAUACCUGUCUGUUUGAUCAGAUAACAGUUCCGGCCUCCCUCAUCCAGCCCGGGGUGCUACGCUGUUACUGCCCAGCUCAUGACACAGGCCUGGUGACCCUGCAGGUGGCAGCCAGCAGUCAAAUCAUCUCCAAUUCAGUGGUGUUUGAGUAUAAAGCCCGUGCCCUGCCUGCCCUGCCCUCUUCUCAACACGACUGGCUCUCACUGGAUGAUAACCAGUUCAGAAUGUCCAUCCUGGAACGCCUAGAGCAGAUGGAGCGAAGGAUGGCAGAGAUGGCCGGUCAGCAGCAGCAACAGCAACAGCAACUGAGCAGUGGAGGACCAUCUGAGAGUGGAGGAACCGGAACAGGAGGAGAAGAAGGAAGAAGCAAUUCUGAACAGUUCUCACCAGGUCAGGGUCAGAGCCAGGGUCAAGGUCCAGCUGGCAACUCCUUUGAGAGCCGUGUGGUGGUAGUUUGUGAAAAGAUGAUGAACCGCGCAUGCUGGGCCAAGUCCAAGCACCUGAUCCACUCCAAGACGUUCAGGGGCAUGACUCUUCUUCAUCUGGCAGCCGCCCAGGGCUACAACACACUAAUCCAAACACUUAUCAAGUGGCGCACUAAGCACGCAGACAGUAUUGACCUGGAACUUGAGGUCGAUCCUCUAAACGUGGAUCAUUUCUCUUGCACACCACUGAUGUGGGCUUGCGCUUUGGGUCAUAUGGAAGCAGCAGUGGUUCUGUAUAAAUGGGAUCGGCGAGCUUUGGCCAUCCCAGAUUCUUUGGGUCGCUUACCGCUGGCUAUUGCCCGGUCCCGUGGCCAUACCAAGCUGGCAGAGUGUCUGGAAAGCUUUCAAAGGGAGGAGCAGCAGUCAGGAGCACUGAAUACAACUCCCAGCAUGCCUUUCUCACCAUCUACUGAGGCCUCAGCCGCAGAGGGGUGGAUGAAUGUUUGGGGUUCAGAGACAUCUUCAGUUGGGCUGAAAGGAAGCAAUAUCACUAGUUCUGCUUCCAGUUCCAGCUCAGACUUGAGGAGACCCAGGUCGGAACCAUCUAGUUUCUAUAGCAGCGUUAGUCACGGGGAUGCCCCGUUGAGCAAGAAACACAAACCCAACCCUGAGACCCUUCAAACUCAGCCCAGCAAACCCUGCUCUGCACCUCUCGGACUAGAAGAACAGGCCCACAAGCCUAAAACGUGCCCUUCUAAACCGAGGGAAGGUACUGCGGAGAAAGAGCAAGGAGAUGGUGAGCAGUCUCAGACUAAGCUGGGCUCAACUUGUGGAGGUGGGUGCUGGGGUUCCAGACAGGCUGCAGGACGCAGAGUGCCAACUGUAGGACUUGGCAAGGAAAGGCUCGCGAACAGACUGAGAUUAAGAGAGAUUGCUAGUGUGGGAACAAUCUCUGAUCUGCGGACAACCCAAGAGGAUCUGGAGAACACAGGAGACCUGCAGAACAUGAACAUGAUGACUUUAGCAGAGGAAGUCAUUGAGGCGACAUCUGAUCGCAUCAAGAGGGAAAACUUUGUUGCAUCAGAAACUACACUGGAUGGUGUUGGAGUCAGCAGCACCAUGUCCAUGAGCUGGUUGGCCAGUUACCUUGGAGAUGCAGAGAGGUUCCUGUUUAACAAGCCCCUAACUUCCUCUCCUGGCCUGGGCCCAGUCCACGGUGGAGGACAGCCAGAACUCGAUGGUCCUCUUGGGAAGCUUGGCCUCCAGACCCCUGCUGAAUGGACUGCGCUCCUCAAUGCCUCCCACAACAAGGAGGAGCGCGACCUGACCCAGCUGGCCCUGUCUGAUCCCGAACAGAGAGAACUUUAUGAGGCAGCCCGGCAGGUCCAGAACACCUUCCGCAAAUACAAGGGUCGUCCGCUUCGGGAGCAGCAGGAACUGGCAGCUGCUGUCAUUCAGCGCUGUUAUAAGAGGUACAAACAGCUGACAUGGAUAGCCUUGAAGUAUGCACUUUAUAAGAAGAUGACGCUGGCCGCCAUCCUUAUCCAGAGUAAAUUCCGCAGCUACCACGAACAGAAGAAGUUCCAGCAGAGUCGCAGGGCAGCCAUGCUGAUCCAGCAAUAUUACCGCAGCUACAAAGAGCUUGGCCGGCCGAACCCACGCAGCCGAGCCACUGCAGCUGCACUGGUGCAGCAAAAACUCAGAAGCAGUUUACUGACCAAGAGACAAGACCAGGCUGCCAGAAAAAUAAUGAGGUUUCUGCUGCGGUGCCGUCACAGCCCCUUGAUGGACCAUAGACUAUUCAAACGGGGCGAAAGAAUUGAGAAAGGCCAAGGAACAUGAGAGCGCAGCAAAGAGCCCCGUCGCAAUGUAACAUCUCCGAGCAGACUCUUUCUCUUCAUUGCGUUUUUAUGAGAGACAAACAAUUUACGAAAAAAGCAAAAAUUAUUCAGGAAGGGGGAGACGGAAGAUCAUCGGAUAUGCGACGGUUGAACUCUAGCAGCGUUGUGACUGAUUCUGCUCCUGCAUUGUGUAUUUUCUUGCUACCGGGGAACUGAAAUCAAGACUAUUGGGGAAAUAUGACAUUAUCUUCAUGGCAUUUUUGCACUCUUCAUAGAUUUUUUUUCUUUAGAUUACAACAAAAACAAAGGAAGACCAAGGAGCAAAGACUUUUUAUUCCAACGACGCUUGUAAAAUAUCACGCGACAUGAACAGAUCAACGUCAGAAAAACGUCAUGCUGGAAGCCGCUUCAGAUUACAUUUUUAUAUUUUGAAAGGAAAAAAGACAACAAUCAACAAGUUUGGGGGGAAAAAAAAAGAACAAAACUUAGAAAAUGUAAACCAAAAAAAGGCCUCAUUUCAGUGACCAUAUGCAUGCAGAGUAUUUGAAAUCAAUCUCUCAUCUCCACGAAUCUUUGUUUUUGACAAAUGCUGUCCGUUCAUUCAAAGGGAAGCCUUCAUAUGAAUGUAGAUGGGGUCAGGGCAAAAAUGCUGGGUUUGAAAUAUCAGUGUCUUACCUUUGUCUUUAUGGGUGUUAGUGGACUUCUGACAACAAAUUGGAGGAUUGAAGCAAAGCCCUCUGGGCUACUGUUUCGUGUGCACUGUUUUCGACUUUCUUAUGGGUCCUUUUCUUAAUGUCAUUUUUGCUGGCCUGACUUUGUGUGUCCUGUGUUUGUUGAAUUGAAUCUGGAUACAGUGCAUGUGUUUGAGCAAAAUGCUCCUGCAUGCUAUGUAAAUGUUUUGUGUUUUAUUUUCAUUCAUUCAUAUUGGUGAUAUUGUGGCACCAUCAAACUAGACCGUAUAAGCCUGUUUGUUUUCGAGUAUAUUGUUAUAAAGACCAUUAUUUUUAUAUAGUUCAU